AAAAAAAUGUCGAAAUUGAAAGUUAGCAGAAAAGGUUAGGUGCGGCCAAAGGGCAAACAGAUUGUGGCGACAACAGCAGCUUAUCUUCAACCUCCAAUCUACGCUACUCCUUCUGUUGUCUUGCCUUCUGCUGCCAUGGAUUCCAAUCUCCCAAUCUCAGAAAACACAGAAGCCAUAUCCACAGAAGAUCAAAACCAAGACCAAAAGCAAAACCCACUUGCCAUUAUAUCUUCUCAGUCUCCAUUUGCAACUGCAUCGCUCUCCUUCUCUCUUCCCUCCACAAUCCUGCCUACCCAGUUUUUCAUUCAACCCAAAAUUUAUACUUUAUUUCCUUCUUCUCCAAACAAGGUCAAGGUACCCACUCAGGCCGCCUCUCUUACUCACCUCUCUCUGACUUCCUCCUCUCCCUCUCCCACCAAACUUUCCUUCAAGUCCACAAUCUCUGCCAACCCUCUCGCAAACCCUCUCUCUUUCGGUGCUCGGAGCCCGCUUGACCCGUCGAAUGGUGCUGCACUUCGUCGAGCCUCCAUUGUUUGGUUCCGUAAUGAUUUACGCACCCACGACAACGAAUGUCUCAACACUGCCAACAAUGAGUCCAUGUCUGUUUUGCCUGUCUUUUGUUUUGAUCCUAGAGAUUAUGGAAAAUCCUCUUCUGGGUUCGAUAAGACUGGACCUUAUCGCGCUCAAUUCUUGAUUGAAUCAGUAACUGACCUUCGCAAGAACCUCCAAGGUAAAGGGUCCGAUCUGGUUGUCAGGGUUGGGAAGCCAGAGACCGUCUUGGUGGAAUUGAUAAAGGCAAUAGGGGCUGAUGCGGUGUAUGCACAUAAAGAGGUGUCUCGUGAUGAGAUUGAAGCUGAAGAGAAGAUUGAGGCGGCGAUGAAGGAUGAGGGGGUGGAUGUGAAGUACUUUUGGGGGAGUACUUUGUACCAUUUAGAUGAUUUGCCUUUCAAGUUGGAGGAAAUGCCCACAAACCAUGGGAGUUUUAAGGGGAAAGUGCAGGGACUAGAAAUAAGGAAGACAAUUGAAGCAUUGGAUCAAUUGAAAGGGAUGCCAUCUCGUGGAGAUGUGGAGCCUGGAGAGAUUCCAUCUUUGCUGGAUUUGGGUGUCCAGUCAAACACCAAAAUUUCUCAGGACGGAAAGCCAGCUGCACACAACUCUAUGAUUGGAGGGGAGACAGAAGCACUUCAAAGGCUUAAAAAGUUUGCUACUGAGUGCCAACCGCAACCUCGUGAGGGAGCCAAGGGUGGGAGAGUUGACAGCAUAUAUGGUGCCAGCUUUUCCUGCAAAAUAUCUCCGUGGUUAGCCAUGGGUUGCCUAUCGCCUCGUUCUGUUUUCGAUGAGAUUAAGAAAUCUACUACAAGAACAUUUUCUGCUGCUACAAAGCGGAAUGAUGGUGGUAAUGGCUCACCGGGUACUGGAAUGAACUGGUUGAUGUUUGAGUUGUUGUGGAGGGAUUUCUUCAGAUUCAUUACCAAGAAGUAUGCUUCUGCAACGAAACAGGUUGAAGCUGCUCCAGCGACAGCAUGUACGGGUACUCUUGCUUGAGAAAGUAAUUACUUGAGAUGGAAAGGAAAUUUGUUUAUGGAUCUUUUAUUUUACUUUCCCGUAGUUAUUCAAAAUGUAGCUGCUACUUGCUAGACAUUGGAGAAUACCAUCUAUUAUUGAACUUUUGAUCUACGUGCCACUAUGAUUUUGUA